GAGAAAGCAAUGGAAAGGGAUUUGGUGGUGUGUGCAGAUACAGAAUUCCUGCAAGCUUCCAGUCCCAGUCUCAGAACUGUCUGAAAUCACAUGCAGGCAGAGGGAGCUGCAAGUCAGUGUGCAGGGCUGAGUUCUGAAAAUAGACUAGUGAGAGCUGAAGUAUGGGGCGUCGGGGAGAUCUAGCAUGUCUCUUGCUGGCAGCGUGGGCAGCAAUGGAUCCAGCGGUGUUAGGGCUAGGAUCCCACGUGAAAGGGAAGGAGGCUACAGAAAGGGCCCAGCACCGGGUACAGCAUGGCGCCUGCACCUUCACAUUCCUGCUGCCUGAAGUUGGGCACUGCAGUCCUCCCACUGCUGAGUACCAAGUCUCAAACUCGCUCCAGAGGGACACUCCAUCUCUUACUGAGGCCAAGUGGCCGGCAAAGCGGCUUCAGCAGUUGGAAAGCAUCCUGGAGAACAACACCCAAUGGCUGCAGAAGUUGGAGAGCUACCUCCAGGAGAACAUGAGAACAGAGAUGUCUGAUGCCCACCUGAGUGCCGUGCAAAACCACACUGUGGUCAUGUUGGAAAUCGGCACCAGUCUCCUGAACCAAACAGCUGAGCAGGCCCGCAAGCUCACAGAUGUAGAGAUGCAGGUUCUCAGCCAAACCUCACAGCUGGAAAUGCAAGUGUUGGAGAACUCUCUGUCUACCAAGAAGCUGGAGAAACAGAUGUUGCUGCAAACGCAAGAGAUAAGCAGACUCCAGGAGAGGAACAGGUUAGCAAUCUUCCUAGAAAAAAGGAUCCUGGCUAUGGAGGGGAAACGUGAAGAAGAACUUCAGGGACUCCAAUCUGAGAAAGAGGAGAUGCAGCAGCUGCUUUCUAAGCAAAUGGACUUUAUUGGGGAUUUGGAGCAGCGUCUAGGCAUGGCCUUGCUCAACAACACAGCCUUGCAGAAGCAGCAGACUUCACUGGCAGAAACGGUGAAGCACCUCACAGGCUUGGGGUCCCAGUGCAACCAGAUUUCCCUCGUCCCACCAGAGGAGCAGAAGGUCUUCAAGGAUUGCGCAGCUGCCUACAAAUCCGGUUUCACUGCCAGCGGAGUCUAUAUACUGCAGCUUCCCAAUACCACCAUCACUGCCAAUGCAUUUUGUGACAUGGAGACCAGCGGGGGAGGCUGGACUGUGAUCCAGCACCGAAAGGAUGGCUCUGUCGAUUUCCAACGCAAUUGGCAGGAAUAUAAAAUGGGCUUUGGGUCUCCACAUGGAGAAUAUUGGUUGGGCAACGAGUUUGUCCAUUUGCUCACAACGACUCAGGGUUCCUACUCUCUCCGUAUCAGACUGCAAGACUGGGAAAGCAACGAAGUCUAUUCCCUGUAUGACCAUUUCUUGUUAGACUCCGAGAAACAGAACUACCGGCUUUAUGUGCGGAGGUACAGUGGCACAGCUGGACGCACAAGCAGCCUCAGUCUCUCAGGGAUGGACUUCAGCACCAAGGAUGUUGACAAUGACAACUGUCUCUGCAAAUGUGCGCAGAUGCUCAGCGGAGGCUGGUGGUUUGAUGCGUGUGGACCCUCUAACUUGAAUGGCCUUUAUUACCUGCCCAACCCGACCAGCAACCGGAUGAACGGCAUAAAGUGGCAUUACUGGAAGGGUCCGAGCUACAGCCUCAAGAUGGCUGCCAUGAUGAUCCGCCCAGUGGAUUUCAGAGAGGAAUAAGGGACCCACCUAUGGGCCGCCACGAAAACAACAAAACCCAGCAAACUCAGUUCGCACGGAUAGGCGGCAGCUCUAUGGCUCUCUUCAAGUAUUUGCAACUCAGGAGGGGACUGUAAUCAGUUGCUGGUGGUGGUGCUGGGAUUACCAAGGUCAUGGCAGUUCAGACUGGUGCUAGCACAGGGCAUCCAGUAGACUCCCCAUGAUUGCAGGAGGUAAACACAGAACUUGGUGGCCUCACACAGAGAAUUUAGCAUCCUGAAAUGUAAAGCAGCUCAGCUUUUAUUUUCCACUGGGAUGGGGGGAAUAGAACUAGCAUACAUGCUUGUAAAGGUAAGGAUGACAAUGCCUGGUUAAUGUGUAGCAAACUUUCAAAUGCCAGAGGAGGGGCCAAGCUGGGCAUCUCAGGGCCAAAAGGGUACAAGGUUCAGUGGCUACAUGGCUCUUGGGUUUGCCCCUUUCUCACCCCCAAGGGCUACUAGAAGCAGAAUAAAUCAUGCAAAUAAAUCCACAUGCAUUUAAUUUGCUUAAUUCCACUUCAAGGAUGGCACAGCAGCCAUUUUGAAAGAUAUGCUUUCCGGAGGUAGGUUUUAACCACUCUCUUGCACACCUAAUAACCCAGAUGUAGUGGCUGCCACUCCCAGCUCCCCGAGAAUGUUCUCCAUCCUUCAGUGUUCCAAGGACCAAACUAGCUGAGAUGGGGGAAACCUGAAAUUGGAUCUAUUUCCCUUUGUUUUUCCUUAAAAGAAAGUACAGGAGGACUGGAGCUGGUUUCCCCCCUUCUUUUGAGAGCAUCUACCACAAGAUCAUUCCUUAAUUUUCCACUAUCCAGAUUUUUCCCUGCUUUGCUCCAACAUUUCCCAAACAUGGUAUAAUACAAUAUUUUGGGAAAGAAGGUGCUCAUUUUUGCAGGUCUCACGCACAUUGGCACCAUUUUUCUUCCCUUGGACACCUGCGGCCCCCAUUUAUAUCAACUCCAUGCCACUGGAGGACUUUUUAAAAAGCCAGUAAUUGUCAUAUUGCUGUAGUUGAAUACUUUAGUGAUACACCAGCUACUGUUUUUUUAAAAGCCUGAAAAAGCUCUCCAGUGACUUGGGGGGGGGGGGCACAACGUGGAUGCUGCAUUGCCACUGCAAAUGCCUCUCGAUUCAUAACAGUGGCAAGAUCUCUACAGUGAAUAGUUGCUGUGUGGCGAACUUUAUCUCUAUCACACAUUAAAUCUGAAAAACAACCAACAACACAACAUUCAAACGGGCUCUGAAUCUUAGUUGGGUAUAGCCAGUGACAAUAAUUUUGGCUUCCAUUAAUAACACCGUUGCAUUUCAAGCUAGGCAUGGGGAACAGAGAACAGUGCAAGCCAUUUCAGUUUAAAUGUUAUAAUAUUUUUGGACCCUCAGAUAAAGAUUACUCAACUACUGGAAUGAGGCACAAGUUUAAUAUCUUAAGCAACUAACAGCACAAUCCUGUUACCCAAGUCUAAGCCUACUGAAACCAAGGGCCUUAGACCGGAAGAACUCUGCAUAGGAUUGUACUGUAAAACAUCUUGUGCAACCGUAUCUUACGAUGCCAUGCUAAGCAGAGUUAAUACUCUUCUAAGUCUGUACAGCCUCCAAAGUCCAAACUUCAACGGACUUCGAAAGUUGUAACUCUGUUUAGGAUUACUCUUCUAGAACUAAGGUUAUGUGAAUUUAGGGCAAGUCCUCAAACCACCAGUUCCCUAACACUGUUCAUAAAAGGGAAUGUUUCUGAAUUAUAAAUUCUGUCACUACAUCUCCCCCCCUUUACUAUUAUACAGUAACAAAGAUAAUAUAUAUAUACAAUAAAAAUAAAUGAUACAUAUUAAACUUAUAUACUUAAUAUUAUCUAUUUAAACCAUCAUCACCAGUUAACAUCAGACAGUACAGUGUGUUAAUCAUACAGUAACAUGUCUCUAUAAGUCAUUCCAGAGCUUGGAUCUUUUUAGAUUAAUGCCUCCGUACAGGUUCAUCAUCAUGCAUCAGUAACGGAGACAUUACUCUUAUUAUGGCUGGGGGAGGGAGGGAUUGUCUCAUUCCCUCUUGGUCAUAGUUCCAUUUAUUCCCUGCCAAACAUGCAGGUUCCAACCCUCACCAGCCAUUUAGAAAGUGGUGAAACUCUGACGCUGUGCAAAGACUAGCAAAUAGAUGAGUGAUAGGCCAGUGAACGAGGACACCUUUGGGACACAGUUUUGUUCUUAACCAAAGAACGAUUUUCAUUGGACUAUAUUAGAAUAUAAAAUACAGACACCACACACUAUGUAGGAAAGUAUAGCACACUAAGGCUAACAACUGAAUAAGAAAAGGAAGAAGAAAAUGAUUAAUGUCUAGCUACAGCACUUCAGAGUUACUAAUGACAGCAUCCUUCUGGAUGGGUUCACGAUCCUUUUGGAGAGUCAGGGAGUAGAGAUAAGCCGCUCUCUCCUACCUCCUCCUUUCCCAUUCUCAGAUGAGCCACAACAUACAAAGACUGCAGAUCUUUUUCAACCCUUCUUCAGAGAUACGGAUGUCUCCCUCCCUCCUCCUGAGAUAGGACCAGUCUCCACCAGACUCUACAGCCAGGCCAAACGCUAAUCCUGUCACUCCUGAAGCCCAGGUUUUACGUUGACAACAAAAAGCUAGAGAAACAUACAUUUCUCCAUUUCAGGAUGGCAGUGGCAACAAAUGGCAAUGCCAGACCUCUUUGGCCCUUCUUCCUGAGAGCCAAGCUACAAGUGAUGCCUGACAUAAGUUGGACACUUGUCAGCUUCCCUCA